AUGAGUGUAAUGACUAAUACAGCAUUCAAGUAUAACAUCCUGAAGAAACGUCUUCUUUCAGAACUCGUGCGAGCAGCUCUGGAGCGGAAAAUCACAGCAGAACAGCUUGUCAUGCAGUCUCUGCAAGCCGAGCCCGGUUUCAUCGCGUUCAUGGGCGUGGGCUUAUCGCUGGCGGCGGGCGUGCCUCUCAUAGGGAUGAUAGUGUGCUGCUGUAGGAUGUGCGGGCGCUGCGGGGGCAAGAAGACGCAACACCACCACGACGACUGCUUCAACUGCCAGAGAAGGUCCCUCACCACGUCGCUCGCCACGUGCGCCCUCUUCGUCUCGCUGGGCGUGGUGGUGGCCGUCGUGAGCAACGAGCGCCUCAGCAGCGCCGUCUCGGAGGCGAGGGCGAGCGUGCAGAACAACGUCCAAGAUCUCGACACCUUCUUGAGGAACACCAAGAUGCAGCUCCGGUUCCUCGUCAGCAACUCCUUAGAACAAACGGUCGACGCGAUCUAUGGUGACCUUGACGACGUGGAGUACCUGCUGGGGAGGCCGCUUCAGAGGGAGUUGGCAGCGGAGGCGCAGAUCGAGGUGGCUCUGGACUCCCUCCUGCACAUAAGCAGCAGUUUACGCAGCAUCGCCGGUCGCAUGCGGUCGCUGGAAGAAGCAAGGUCGCAGGCGGCGGCUCGGGCAGAAGAGCUAAGAGGCCGCCUUGUCGAGCUAGCGGGAGAUAUACAGAGGUUUGUUGCACGUUGCACGCCCGAGGACGCGGAUCUGUGCAACUCCCUGGACUACCGAGGCCUUGACCUGGACGCUCGCUUCGAUAGCUUCUCCUUCUCGGAGCAGCUGCGUCUCCUCUCGGCCGUGGAGAGCCACAACCUGACGGAGACGGCGAGGCACGCGAGGUAUGAGUUCGAGAACAUUCCGAAUUAUAUAGAGUCGAUGACGCGCCGUACACGGGACGACGUGAAGCGCGCAGUCCGCACCUUCCGCGCCCACGUGUACUCGCGCGUGCGGGGCCUCGACGACGUGGCCUUCGACCUGGAGGUGCGCACGCGAGACAUCACCUGGCGGGUCGACGAGGCAGCCGCCAUGUUGCAGAAGCACGAGACCUUCAGGUGGUACACCGGCCUCGCCAUCUCCGUCAGCCUGGCGUUCGUGUGGACUCUGCUGAUGGUGGGGCUGUGCUGCGGGUGCUGCUCCCACGCCUCCGACCAGGGAGAGGUCCUGCGUGUCCAACUCCGGGGACGCUGCUCACGUAAGGCUCUCAUCCGUGUUCUUCAUGUUCCUGCUGUCGAGCCUGCUGUGGGCGGUGGUGGUGGCGCUGUUCGUGGUGGGAGCGCACGCCACGCCUUCAUCUGCCACCCGCUGUACGAGGAGCCGACGUUCCCGACCCUCGCCCGCCUCGUCGACCGCUCGGGGAUGGUGUUCGACGACGGCCCCGUGCUCAGCCACGUCCUGCACCCGGGCCGCGACGUCCACCUCGGCGUCGGCGACGUCCUCAGCCAGUGCAAGGAGGGCGGGGCCGCCUACCAGGUAUUCAAACUCCGCCACUACUUCGACAUCGAGAACGAGAUCGACCACAGCACAACCUUCGAUCUGCGGGACUCCCUCAGUCUGCUCAAGGUCAACCUCUCAAAGGUCGAGCUCCUGUCGACCGAAGCGGAGGCCAACCUUGACAAAUUCCUGCGCUCCGUUAAAAUCGACCUUGCGCCGUAUAGAAAAGAGAUGGACAAGCCGCUCGUGAGGAAGAACCUGCCGGCGCUGGCGGAGCAGAUGCAAAACGUGGCCGGCCAGCUUCGCUCCGUGGCCGCCUCAGCCGAGCUCUUCAAGAUGGUGGCGCGGACGAGGAACAUCAUCAGCAACACCCUCUAUCCUUUGGAGAAGCGGAAGGAGGACGUGACCUACCAGGUGGCGACGCUGGACCUGGAGGUGAUGCCCCUGCAGCGCCAGAUCAACCAGAGCUCCGGCCACCUCAGGACCAUCCAGUAUUUCAUCCACAGCCACGGGUCCUCUCUUGCAGCCGCCAAAGCCCGCGGCUACGUCGAGAGAAUCCUGAGCUACACCCGCCAGUACACCGAGCACGUGCGCAACGCCGCCCUCUUGCACGUCGCCCCCUGCACGCCCGUCUGGAAUCUCUUCGACUCGGCUCGCGGUGUCACUUGCAACGGGAUCAUCGAACCUCUGCUGGGCUUUGUGCUUGCUUUGUGUGAUGUCUACUUUGUGUGGUCUCUUUCGUGUAGUCAUGUGGAUUGA